AUGGCGAAGCCUAAGCGAAUGAGCGAUAUGUUCGCAUCAUCAUCUACGAGAGAUGCCGACACAACAAUGGCGACCGCUACGCCGCCGUAUUCGAGCGAAGGGCCUACCCUCCCCGUCAUCGGCCCAACUACUGAGCCGAGCGGGAAAGCGAAGGAGUCGAAAGCAGGGACGAAAAGGAUAGCCCAAAGUCAUACUUCCAACACCGACACCAAGAAGCAACCACAACCCCAACCCACAAUUAACCCCGCCCUCUACAAACCAUGGUCUCUCCUCCCUCCCUCACUCCUCAAGCUCGUCGAAUCUCAAGCCCACCUACGGUCCACGCAGAAUGUUAUACCCGUUGUGUUCACGAGGAAUCAGAAUGUCAAAUCGGGCAUCAAUCGGCUGAAGACGUAUCUUGGAGCGUAUAGAGACCCGGCUUCUAUCAUUGAGAUGCCAGAUUCGUUGAAGCAGGAGGAUUUGGUGAUUGCGGUGUCGGCACAGGGCCAGGGGACAACGAAGCUGGUCAGCAUCGUGGAUAUGGUCAGAAGGAUUGUGGCUCCAAGUGGGAAGGAGGAUAUAAACACUGGUGGGAAAGUCGAGACGUGGUGGAUGUAUACCGCGCUCGCGAGUGUCGAGACGGAGCGGAGGACUAACACUGGGGACAAAGAGGUGCAGGAGAUUGCACGUGAAGCUGGAGAGACGCAAGAGUCACUAGAAGAGGAGGAGGCUUUCGAGCCGAUGGUUAUAGACGGGCAGGAGAGGGAAAAGGGAGUUGAGACGGUUCAUAAACGGAAGGAGCCUGUGCUGACUGUUUGGUUGACGAGGAAGAAAAUAGCAGCUUUCAAGCAAGCGUUUGGAGAGCAGUCGUUCACGGUUAAGAUUCUGCAACAAGAGGAGGAUUGA